UCGUCGUCGAGCAGCAGCAGCAGCAGCAGCGGCGGGGGGGGUGGGGGAGGGAGGGGGAGCGGCAGCAGCAGCAGCAGCAGCACAGCAGCAGCAGCAGCAACGCAGCAGCAGCGGAGCGGGAAACUCAUCCACCAAUCGAAUUCCAAUAUUGUAACCCCUGCAGCAGCAGCAGCAGCAGCGAGCAGCAGCAGCAGCAGCAGCAGCGAGCAGCAGCAGCAGCAGCAGCGAGCAGCAGCAGCAGCAGCGAGCAGCAGCGAGCAGCAGCAGCAGCAGCAGCGAGCAGCAGCAGCACCAGGACACAGCAGCUCGGAGUUCUGCAGCAGCAGCAGCAGCAGCAGCAGCAGCAGCGGCAGCAGCAGUGGCAGCAGCAGCAGCAGCAGCAGCAGAGGCGACACGCACGAGAAGGCACACGCAUUGCUGCAGCAGCAGCAUCAGCAGCAGCAGCAACAGCAGCAACAGCAAUAGCAGCAGCAGCAACGGCAGCGACGGCAACAGCCGCAGCAGCAGCAGCAGCAGCAGCAGCAGGGAACGACGGGCAGAUUCCAUCCUUCGGCGGUCUCUGCAGCAGCAGCAAGGACUGCAGCAGCAGCAGCAGCAGCGCCCGCCGCAGCAGCAACUGCAGCACGAACUGCAGCACGAACUGCAGCACGAACUGCAGCACGAACUGCAGCAGCAGCAGCAGCAGCAGCAGCAGCAGCAGCAACCUUUGCUGCAUGUUAGGCAGACGCCGCAAACUCCCCGGGGGGCCCCUCUCGCUGAGUGGGGCCCCCGGGGGGCCCCCCAGGGCCCGCUGGAGGGAAGAACUGGAUGCUGCUGAUGCUGCUGCUGCUGCAGUGCUGCCAGCACUGAGUGAAGAUGAUUUGCGGCUGCUGCGGGAGGACGAGGAGCAGCAGGAGCAGCAGCAGCAGCAGCAGCAGCAGCAGCAGCAGGAGCAGCAGCAGGAGCAGCAGCAGGAGAGGAAGAAGAAAAGGAGAAGGUUUGAGUGGAUGGACUCCGACGAUGAAAGCGUCACCGCCAGCAGCAGCAGCGAGGACGAGCAGCAGCAGCAGCAGCAGCAGCAGCAGCAGCAGCAGCCGCAGCAGCAGCAGGAGUCUUCAGACAUGUCCCGCAGCCCCAGCCCAGACGUGAGCGCCAGACUCUCCACCUCCCCCUCAGCAGCAGCAGCAGCAGCAGCAGCAGGUCGGAGGAGCCAAGACAGCAGCAGCAGCAGCAGCAGCAGCAGCAGCAGCAGCAGCGCAUCGCCGUGUGGGGCGUUGGGAUCGUCUCCUCCGCGCAGCCGCAGCGGGAGCAGCCUGUCCGUGGCGAGUCCGCGCAGCAGCAGCCUCCGCAGCAGCAGCCUCCGCAGCAGCAGCAGCAGCAGCAGCAGCAGCAGCAGCAGCAGCAGCAGCAGCAGCCCCGUGUCAGCUCUUGCUGUUCUCAGCGAAGUCCGCCCCGAGCAGCUGCAGCGGCUGGACGCUUUGCUGCUGACCAACUUGCCCUUCGAGCUGUCCAUACACUCCAUUUCCCUUUGGUUCGAGUCCACGGCCAAACUCAAAGUCCGCGACAUCCAACCAGUACCCUUCACGCCCCCGGGGGGCCCCCCGGGGGCCCCCCUGGGGGCCCCCGGGGGGGGCCCCCCGGGGGGCCCCC